ACCAGUUUCAACACACACAUCGAUACACUAUCGCUUGCUAUCGAUACUUUCAAUAAUUGUACACAAAAACCCGGCCGCUCGUUUUUCGCCCAUAAAAAGAUUACAAAAUGAUUACCGACGUGCAAUUGGCUAUUUUCUCCAACGUGCUGGGCGUGUUUCUAUUCCUGCUGGUGGUGGCAUAUCACUACAUAAACGCCAACACGGGAAAGGCUAGCCCAAAGGCGAAAUGAUGGAUGAUGCUCAUGUGCACGGAAAUUAACUCUAUAUGUUUAUCUUAUAAUGCUGCUUCAUUCGCAAAAUAAAUAGUUAUGUAAAUCUAA